AUGGAUGAAGACUCUCUUCCAGACACUACUGAUCCUUUGGAAAAUAUUCCUGAGAUAGCUCCCAACGAAGCCGAAACAUUCGCAUAUCAACAUAUAAUAGAUCGAUUAGAGGAAAUUGAAAAUUUGCCAACAACAGACGCUCAAAUGAAGAGAGAUCAAAGAUCUCAAUUUGUUGCUUUAUGGAGCGAAAUCCUUCAAAUUCCUCCAUCGGAUGCUCCAGCUUGCUAUCAGAAAUGUGGUAGUCUUCUGUCACGUUUAUUCAAACAAAACCAAAUGCAUAUCAUACGAGCAAAUACGAUAAUUGCUCGUGAGAUGUGUUUUGCAUGCAUAUCUCAACUCACUCAUUCAAAUAUAAGUCGUUUUCUGAAGUUAAAAACAGAACAACAGAAUUUACCUGACAAUCGAAUUUUAAAAAAACAUAUUUUCCAUCUGCUACGAAUCACAGCACAAACAAUUACACUUAUUCCAUUUUCAAAAGUGGACGAUCGACAAUUCAUUGAAAACCACUUUGAACUUUAUACUGUGUUGAUGGAACAUAUCGAACAAUCCAUGCCUGAACAUUGUGAAACAAAAGUAGAACAAGGGUAUAUCCUAGGAGAUAUUGCUUUAGGUGCCCUUACUCUAUUAUGGAACACAACUGAUCGAACUGUUCUCGUUCCACUUUUGUUGAGAAAUGAUUUUGUCAAGAAAUUACUCGGUUGGCUUGCACAAGCAUCUAAAUUAGCAGACACCAAUAAUCGGUCUCUAAUCAGUAUUGUUCUCAAUAUUGCUCGGCAUGAUGAUGGAGCUGAUGAACUCAACAAAUAUGGAGCCAUAGACAUUAUCAAAGAGUAUAUGAAAAUUAAACCAGCAAAGCCAGAUAAUCGAAGUUUGGCUACAUCGAUGACAUUGGCUCUUCUUUCCACACCAGAAGAACUCAAACGUGACACGAAAGGCAUGAACAAUGUACUCAAUCGUUUGCUUCAACUUGUUAUUGAUUGUUUCAAAAAUAAUCGUUUUCGACAUGAAGGUUUUCAUGUUAGCGAACCAUUAGUUAUCUUAGUAAAGAUGUUCGUUGUCGACGAACGUACACUAGAGUACGUCUUAUGUCAUGCAGAAACAAAGCCACCAUCCGAUCCUCACUCAACAAUUCAUUUAUUCAUCACAUUGCUCUUCAAAUUUACGAAUGCAUUGGAUGUCACAAAUCAAAUAAGACAAUACACACUAAUAAGUCUAUUAAAUAUUAUUUGGAGCAUAUCAUUUCAACCCAAUUAUGCAAGUGAAUUAACUCAAGACGAACAAUUAAUGUCAAUUAUCGAAAAGUUUGCCGACAAUGAUAAGGGUAAAGUAGUUCUCGAAGAUUACAAACCACGAUCGAUGGAAGGUGUUAAAGAAGCAGCACAUGGUAUUCUACAUAAUCUCAAUCGUGAUGUUAAAACUGAGAUGAUAUUGGAGAAAAAGAAAGCAUAUCAUGAUGCACGUAUAUCAGAUUCGACAAAAAAAAUACAACAAAAACCAUCAAUUAUGGUUAGUUAUUGCCAUGAAAAUAAUGACUUUUGUACACAUAUAUUAGAAGUACUAAACAAACACAAUAAUAUCUUUAACAUAUGGAUCGAUCGAACACAUUGUCAAGGAGUCGAUGAUUUAUGGGAAUCAAUUGCUGACGGUAUGGAACAAGCAUCAGUCAUAGUAUGUCUUCUUUCGAAUCAAUAUUUCGAAAGUAAAUCAUGCCGGAAAGAAUUCAUCUAUGCUACGGAUUCACUGAAGAAAAAACUUGUACCUAUACUAAUUGAACAGUUCGAACCAAGGGGAUGGUUAGGUAUUAGAAUGACAGGUAUCAAAUAUGUACGUUUUAGAGGAGCGUUUGAAUCGGAACAAAAUAAAAUAAUAGAAUUAUCAAAUACAAUUCUUGCAACGCUGUCACCACAAACAUUACAUGACGAUGAUAGUUAUCCUUUACAUUCAUCACAUAAUGUAGGGUCACUACCAUCACCACCACCACCACCACCACCACCACGACAACAACAACAACAACAACAACAACAACAACAACAACAACAACAACAACAACAACAACAACAACAACAACAACAACAACAACAACAACAACAACAACAACAACAAGAACAACAAAAACAAAAACAACNUAGUGGUAAAUGA